AUGUCGGGCUCCUAUAUCUAUCACAGGGUUGGUGAAGAAGACGAGGAGAAGCUUGCAACGAACAAGCCUCGGGUCUCUCGAUGGAAGGCUCUUCGCGACACCCUGAUCGUCCUGCUUGCCAUCUGGGGCUUCAUCAGUCUUGUGCGCUCUCUCCAUAUCCCUCUUCCUAACCUUCAUCCGCGCCUGGAGGGAUGCCAGUGCGGGAAUUCCAUCGCGGAAGCCAUGGAAAUGGGAUGUAAAUACGACUCGCUGGCGGCAGCGUGGUUGCCCGAACACUGUCGGGACGAUGAACUGACCGCCGAGUUUGAACGAUCGGGCGAUGGACCCAAUGGAUCAUGGCUAUACUACAAAGACACCCACCACACAGAGCCGAUGACCGUGGAAGAAGUGGCAGCCCUGGGCGACCAGCCCGAGGCGCGCUUCCAUAUGACGGGCCAGUGGCACAAGGUGCACUGCCUCUUCUACUGGCGCAAGGAGCAUCGGUUCCGCUUCAACGGCAAGACGGUUGAGCCUCGCUCCGAUACGGAGGCGCAUAUCCAUCACUGCGGCCAGAUCUUCAUGGGGGAGACGUACGGGACUGUAUCUGGGGUGGUAUUCAAUACAAAUGAGGAGUGA